CCGCCCGCCACCUCUGGCGGCCGCCAGAGCUCGCCGGGGUGGUAGAUCCGCCCCUGGGCAUGGGUUGGCGUUUUGGGAUGUAGGUUGGAAAGGGAGGAGCUGCAUCGAAUCUGGUCGAUGCUGUUGUGCUUAGAGAAUCGACCAGAUGUGAUGCCUCUUUUGAGAUUUCCUUUCAAGAGAGGAUACGUCAAUUGCUCUACUAUGUUUAGAAAUCUCGUCUAUACUACUCUGUGGAAUAACUCUGAUAUCAUGUUCUGUUAUUGUGUGAUGUAUGCUGUUAGCAGUGGCGGACCCAGCCUUAAAUUUUAGGUGCGGCAGAUACAAACAACUAACAAUACAACCACAUACAAGUAUACUCGACGCUAUUUUAACAAUUAUGAAUCAUUUCUACUUAUAUCGUGUGAUUUCAAACAACAUGAACUAGAAAGCAUAAAAAAAUGCAAAUGAUCUUUGAAUAUUGCUUGUGCAAUCAAAUCAAUGGUCUAAUACUCUUAACUCAUUAGUUUUCCCCUACAUUCGGAAUCACAAACCACAGGGUACAGUGGUGGAGUAGCAUUUAAGUUAUUACAACAAUAGGUUUUCUAAAUGAGUGCAAAGCAUUGUGUGAGAACUUCUGCAACUAUACUUUUAUGUUCAAGCCUUGAAUGCUCAGCAUGCUAUCCAAUCAACAAUCACUCAUACAUUGAAUCGAUGGCGUAUACACAUUGCUUAGUAAUGUACUGAAAUCAAACUUAGCAGGUAGAAGACCUCAACCACCUUUCACUUUCAGAGUCAUGUUCAUGCGCCUGCGGCGCGUGCCGGGCCGAUGGGCAGCGCAGGUGCCUGACCAGCUUGUCUCUAGCCCGGCACUAGCUCGUUCCACUGGAACAUGCCUGCGCCUGACGUCAGAACCCAACACGCGGCCUUCAGCAGCCUCUCCCACCAUGGAACUCUAGAGGCUGGUGGCGCUAGGGUUAGGCUUCGGUCAUCACAAUGGGACAAGUGGCGGCGCUUCGCACAGGUGAGAGACAGCAGAGAGCGAGCGCUGUGUCGAGCCCAGAAGGCAAGAAAGGGCCAAUUCCAACUGUUGGGCAUUGGCUGGGCUGUUCUCCUCUGAUCCAUAGUGCCACAAAGCUGGGCAGCACGCAGAUAGCUCUUCUCCUUCUCGUCUUCUCCAAAGCCGGCCAGGCACCUAGGGGUCGGAGCUCUCAUGGGGAGGGGGUCUCGCUUCCAGCAGUAGCCAUGUAUGAUAGCUACGGAAAUCCUCCUGGCAUGCAAAUGCCCCCACCAAAUCCUCAACCUGGCCAAUUUGGCAAUUCAUUCUAUGGUGCAAGGUCAGGUCUAAUUAAAACUGGGCUAGAAGCAUAUGGGGAGAAGUUUUUGGAUUCUAGCUCAGAAUUCAUGCAAAGUAACAUCAAUAGAUACUUCUCCAACCCACAGUAUUACUUCCAUGUGAAUGAUCAGUAUGUCAGGAACAAGUUGAAAGUUAUACUGUUUCCAUUCUUUCACAGGGGACACUGGACUCGGAUAAGUGAGCCUGUCGGUGGCCGUUUGUCCUACAAACCUCCAAUCUAUGACAUAAAUGCGCCAGAUCUGUACAUCCCUUUCAUGGCAUUUGGAAGCUUCAUCAUUCUUGCAGGCUUUACAUUAGGUUUCAUGGGAAAGUUUACUCCAGAAGCUAUAAAUCUUCAUUUUACGAGAGCACUCAUCGGAUGGGCCUUGCAGCUUGUGAUCCUGAAAGGUUUGCUCUACUCGAUGGGCGGUGGUGAGGUGCCACUACUUGACCUGGUAGCUUAUGGUGGCUACUUAUUUGCUGGGCUUUCCCUUGCUGUUGUUGCAAGGCUCAUAUGGGCUUACUCAUAUUACGUUAUGAUGCCAUGGAUGAGCCUGUGCAUGGGAGUGUUCUUGGUGAGAACAAUGAAGAGGGUGCUGUUCACGGAGAUGAGAAGCAGCGAGAGACACUCAUCACGACAGCAUUAUUUCCUUCUCUUUAUGGCAAUUGCACAGUUUCCUCUGUUCUUCUGGCUUGGCAGCAUUGGUGCAUGAGAUAGUUUUGCUUUAUACUUUGUACUUUCACAGUACAACAUUACAAGUUAUAUUUAGUAUCUAGAUGUGCUGUAAAAUAGUUGGAGAAUGGUCUCAACAGCUUGUGCCGUUUGAGCAUCGAAAGUAUGUUCUUGACAGGGUUUGA